AGUCAUAACUUUGAUCCAAAGCAUGGUGUUUGUUUUGAUUUUUCCUGAAAUAAAUACACCAUAAAAAUACAUUGACGUGUUGGCCGUUUAGUAACUUUUAUUUACUUUUAAUAAAUACUAUCAAAAAAAUGGUAAUUCCAACCUGUAUCGAGUGUGGGAGUUUACCAAAGUAUAAAUGUCCCACAUGUAGACAACCUUAUUGUUCGGUAAACUGUUGCAAACUUCACAAAGAGUCGUCAUGUUCACCACCCAACAUUCCAGAGGAAACCCCAAAAGAGGCCACCCCUACAUAUGAAUUUCCUACAGAAGACACAGUUCCAGUAGAUAAACUUAAAUUGCUUGAAGAAUCACCAGAAUUGGGAAAAUGUUUGGAAAAUCCCCAUGUUAGAGAAAUUUUAGAAGAACUAGAUAAAUGUCCUCAGCCUGAUAUCUUAAUGAAGAAAUAUAUGCAAGAACCUAUAUUUACUGAAUUUGUUGAUGCUUGCCUUAAUGUUGUACAAAGGUGUGAGGACUAACUAAAUAAAAAUAAUAUUUUAAUGAUAACAGUAGAACACCGAUUAAACAAAAUGUUUGUUUGUUUGAAUAGUUUGUUUUUCCUUAUGUCUGAUUAUCCAAAUUUUCGAUUACAUAUUUAAAUUAAUCCCAGAUAACUGUACUAGGACUACUUUAUUUAGGAUUGCAAUAACUAUAUAAUAUUUUUUAAUAAAGCUCAUUUUACUUUA